UUCGGUAUGGUGAAGGUGAGCUCACGGAUACACAUGCAAAUCUCGCAGUAGGCAAUCAUUCUAGAGACCCUAUUGACAUCGAGAACAUACACUAAUGUCUCGUAGAAAACCCCUAACUCGUGCAUUCCAGUCUGAUCCCAAGGAGGAAGAGGAGCGCGUUUGAAGAUAUGAUCAACAGUUCGUCUUCCAAACAGAUCGGUCAAGAUCAACCGGCUACAAGUGAGCCCACACCCAAAUCACAGCGCACCAAAAUCAAAAUGGUCAAAUCCGAAGACAGUGAUAAGAGGAUGUUGAAUAAAAAACUCAAAGACGUUGAAAUAAGCAUUCCCAUCGUGUAUGGUAACGUCUCAUUCUGGCUUGGUAAGAAGGCAAGCGAGUACCAGUCGCACAAGUGGACUGUGUAUGUUCGUGGGGCGACGAAUGAGGAUAUAGGGGUGGUGAUAAAACGUGCUGUUUUUCAGUUGCAUUCCAGUUUCAAGAACCCCACAAGGGUUGUAGAGUCACCGCCAUUUGAGUUAUCGGAAGCUGGGUGGGGAGAAUUCGAAAUCGCCAUUACUCUCUACUUCCAUAGCGAUCUCUGUGAUAAGCCAUUGACCUUAUAUCAUCAUUUGAAGUUGUACCCAGAGGAUGAAUCUGGACCCAUGUCCAGUAAAAAGCCUGUUGUUGUGGAAUGUUUUGAUGAGAUCGCAUUCCCUGAACCUUCAGAAGGCUUUUUAGUUCGUGUGCAGAAUCAUCCAGCUGUAAAUGUGCCCAGAUUACACACUGGAUUCACUUUGCCGCCUCCUGUACCACUUGAGGAUGCAAAUAGAAAGAAGAGAGGUGACACUAAAGACCACCCCUUGAGUCAGUGGUUCAUGAAUUUCUCAGAAGCAGAUGAGCUAUUACAACUUGCAGCAGCUCGUCAGCAGGUACAAGCUCAUCUUGCUAAACUCAGGAGACAAAUAAGCAUGAUAGAUGGGCAGCAUCAACAGUUGAAAACAAUCUCUGACUCGUGAAUAUUAUCUUAUUCAUGCAGAUUCUGUGGGAUUCAACUUCAAAGUGGUUUUUGCAUCAUAUAAGCCUGUUGCCCUAUUUGCAACAGUGAUGUGCAUCUCCUCAGCUGUGGAGAAUAUUUUGACUGUCUCACUUAAAGAUAUUUAAAAAAAAAAAACUAUAAAUAAGGAGGAAAACACAAAUAUAUCAUUAAAUCAACAAAAGAAAUUAAAGCAUUUAUCAUAAAUGCGUGAAAUAAAAGCAUGUGGUCUGGUUGACUUUUUUUUCUCUCCAAUAUAGCAUUUGUUAUAAAUCCUGUUGAGUGAAGCAAAGGAAAAUGAAUGCAUUUCCCAUACUAUUAAGGGGAAAUUGAUAAAACAUAACGAGUCUGUUCAUGCACAGAGAGUCGAGUAUGAUUAUAUAAAUUAUAAUCUCCUAGUGAAGGAACCCAUCUUCUAUAUGGGGCUUAUUUGAUCAUUAGAACAAAAGACGUAUGAGGGUAUUCCAGAAGGUACUGUUUCAUAAUUUGUUGGGUUCAAGGAUGCCUGCAAGGGAUUUAGCCUUUUCUGUUUAACAGAUGAGUCAAGAAGACCAAUGUCUAGUUAACCUGUUGAGUGAAAGCUUUGUUAAUAUGCAUCAUGUUUCUCCAUAAGGUUUGUCUGCAAGAUGGGGCCUGGUGAGUGGAAAGGCUGGAAACUGCUCCUUAAAACUCUUUCAUAUCAAUUAAAGCUGAGGGCCCUCCUGAAGUACUUCCAUUAGUCCUUUUGAUGUUCAUAAACGGUGUAUUAGGAAUUGGGACCAUUGCCAAUAGCUUUCGGAAGGGCCUGCAUUUGCUGUUCUUGUCAGUGCACUUUAUUUCCAUUAUCGCUCACAUCUUGGUUUGUCACAUACCAGCAAGAGUCAUAAAGGACAGAUUCUUUCAAUGGUAAUAGAGGACAAAAUAACUCAGGAAAAAAGUUUUUACAGAAUUGAAGGAUUCAUAGAGAGGAACGCACGCAAAUUACAACUUUUUUGUGAAUUAUUUAGGCGGACACAAUCCUUUUCGCAACUCAUUUGUUUGGGGCAAGAGUAACAUGGCCGUCAUGUGUAAAACCCAAAGGUAGAGUCACCAUCAACCUUAAAGAAAAUCGUCUAGUCUAUUGGCUCUGCAAGGAACUGCAUGAUUUAGGUGAGAAUGGUGGGCCUUUCUAGUCCCCCUCCUGUUUAUUAUCCUCUCUCUCCUCCGGACCAAUCUCAUUCACAGAACAUGGGAGAGUUGCUUCCAAGGACAACAACGUACACAAAAUUAUUUAUUGUACUUUUCAGGUUCUCCAGUUCCAGUCUAAUCCUCACUUACA